AUGGAAGCUCAUCACGUUCGCUCCAAUAGCUUGCACUCCAAGCAACAUCCACUCAUUCCUGAAUAUGACAAGCAGUUGUGUAGAUUAAGAUCCUCCGAAGCAGCGACUUCAUCAUCAACUGUCGUCUGCAAACUAAACGGACUUCAAAAUCUACAUGAUUGUGUUGAUAACUUAAUUUGCCUGCCUCUUAAUCAACAAGGCUUGUGUAGAGAGCAGAACCGGAAAUGUCUUGAUGAGAUUUUGGAUGGAUCUCUUAGACUUUUGGAUGUAUGCGACACUGCCAAGGAUGUCUUGUUGCAAGCAAAAGAAGCCACACAAGAACUUCAAUCAGUUAUGCGCAGAAGAUACAGUGGUGAAACAGAGCUAACUUGCGAGAUUAAGAAUUUCUUGGCCUCUAGGAAAGUGAUGAAGAAGGCACUACGCAAGGCAAUGGAGAACAGAUGCAACUUCAGUCCCCUGAACAAGGAUCAAGAGACAGUAAAAAUUGUUAGCGUGUUGAGAGAUGUUGAAUCAAUCACUCUCGCCAUUUUUCAAUCAUUAAUUUCAUUCAUCUCCGGGAGAAAUUUGCAAUCAAAGUCAAACAAAUGGUCAUUCGUUUCCAAGAUGAUGAAUUCCAAAAGAGUAUCUUGUGAGGAGGUAAUCGAAUUAAACAAAUUCGCCAGUGUUGAUGCUGCACUGUCCAUUUUCAUAGGCCAGAAGUUGAAGAAAUCAGAUAACAAGCUUGAAGAGAUUGUACAAAAUGACCUCAAAGCACUAGAGUUGUGCAUUCAAGAUCUUGAAGGAGAAGUUGAGAGCCUUUACAGGCGUUUGAUCAAAACUAGAGUUUCUCUGCUCAACACCCUCAACUACUAG